AUGGCGAAACGAUCGUGCAGUGAGGAGUGUAUGGCUACGACCCCGUCGAGCCCACUGUCAACCCGUCGAUCCUCAAGUGCCCCCAGUCUGAUAGAUCACGAAUCCGAGAUGGCCCUUGUAAUACAUCGUCACACCAACGCCACACGCAUCCCAUCCUUCAACUACCACGACGGUAUCAAUCAACCUGCUCCAUCAACAACGCCCCAAGCGGUGAGUCGCGCAGUGUCACCCUCGGGACCGGUGGAGUACGGUGAGCUCCAACACCAGGUGACGCCACCGUGCAAGACCCCAUUCCGAACCGUGCCGAUGGGCUUUCUAGAUGAUCUCGUCCCACAGAAGGGGCGUCGAUUGCGCAAACACUGCCACGAGUUCGAACCUUACGAAGGACACUGUCGAGCGGAUUCACCACUCGAGCGUAUCCACCCAGAGCAGGGCUGUAUGCCUAUACUGCGUGCGGUUUACUUCUCGCGCAAUAAUAACGAUCUGGAUAAGGAGAACGCCCACUUUAAGCUGGCUGAGGCGCUAAUUUCGACGUUUGAGCUGCUUAAGUGGAAGAGCUACUUGAGCCGAUCGUCGAGCGAGGUGUCCCACUUAGAUUGGGAGGUGGGAACGGCAGCGGUAGAGCAGCAGCUUCCAGGAUCUGACGAAGGACGCGUUGACGAACAGGAUCGGUCGGAUGAAAGCAGCGAAGCGAUCGAGGCGAAGGAGAACACCUGCGAUUUGCGCACGUACUCAGCGGAGGAAAUCGCGAUCGGGCUUUUGAACAAGUUCCAGGAUCGUCAACUGCCUUCAGCGGGUGACUUCCUGUGGUUGGUGUCGGAACAGGACGCUCCACAGAAGCUGCUACCGGUACCGAGCGGUGGUGUCGUCGAUCCGGACGAUACACAAUCGCCUGAUGCCGGAACGCUUAUCCGUGGUACGCAAGAAUGGGCACCUCCAAGACCGCAAGCCAUCUUCACGUACAAACCACCACCACUCGAACGCCGCGUGCAGAUAGCCCGUCAGGGUAACCGAUGCGAAGGAUGUGGCACCAAGGUGAACCUGGCGUACCUGAGCCGCUACCGUUACUGUCAUUACACGGGCAAGUAUAACUGCUCCGGUUGUCACAAGAACCAGAUGGCCAUUGUGCCGGCACGCGUCAUUCAACGGUGGGACUUUACCGUACUUCCGGUGAGCGUGUUCGCGUACCGGGUGCUGGGUGACAUCUGGAGUACGCCUCUCUACCUCGUGAACCACCUCUAUCCGGAGCUGUACGGUUUGGUCAAGAGCCUACGGUUGGUGCGCCAGGCGAGAGUGAACCUGAAGUUCGCGAAGGACUUCAUUCUGAACUGCCGCUACUCGGAGAGCACGCGUCACGUCUUCCAGGAAGUGCCUGAAUACUUUACGUCCGAUUUCGACAAGUGGUCGAUGGCGGACUUCCUUGCGGUGAAAAGUGGUGCCCUUCAGCGACUGCUCGCAUCGAUCGAGUCCCGUUGCGAAGCGCACAUCCUGUCGUGUGAGCUCUGCCUCGGACGUGGGUUCGUGUGCGAAAAGUGCAUUGGUGGUCGUGCGGGGAGGAAUGUUUUGUUCCCGUGGCAACCGAAGGUGGUCCGAUGUGAGGAAUGCGGGAACUGCUAUCAUGGUGCGUGCUGGCGCAAGGAUAAGAGCUGCGAUCGAUGUGACCGGAUCCGGCGACGGCAGACUACUGCUGCAGAGGGGCCGCCACCAUGACCGGGUCAGCGACCUUUGCGAGUUGUGAGGAGAUCGACUUUAGAAGCUUACGGAGCGCGUGAUGGGGAAGGAGGAGUAAUUUUGGAAAUUUUUAAACAAACCACACAGCCUACCCAUGACCGGAA